CCGGGGGCGGAGGCGGAGGGAAGCGACGCACGCUCUCUGCGACGCCAUUUGCUGGUUCCAGAGCGUGGGACGAGUGAGGUCGCGCGAGAGACACACACAUACUGAGCAAGUAGGGCUUUCCUGCGCACGCGACAUCUCCCCUGUCUGGCCCCCAGCGUUCUUCCGUGCCCUCCAGAGCUCCCGGCUCGCGACCUAGCUCUCGCUCUCCUUUCCCCCCGCGAAGCGGCUCCCUUCUACCUCGCCCGGAGAGGCGAAGCCAGCCAGCGCGUCCUGCCGAAAAGCCACCGCCCGAGAGGGAGACGGAGACCCUGCAGAGGCCACCGCAGCCAUGCCGAAGAAUAAAGGUAAGGGAGGUAAAAAUAGGCGCAGAGGAAAGAAUGAAAAUGAAUCUGAAAAAAGAGAGUUGGUCUUCAAGGAAGAUGGACAGGAAUAUGCCCAGGUGAUCAAAAUGUUGGGAAAUGGACGAUUAGAAGCAAUGUGUUUUGAUGGUGUGAAGAGGUUAUGUCACAUCAGAGGAAAAUUAAGAAAAAAGGUUUGGAUAAAUACAUCGGACAUUAUUUUGGUUGGUCUCCGAGACUAUCAGGAUAACAAAGCUGAUGUUAUACUAAAAUACAAUGCGGACGAAGCAAGAAGUUUAAAGGCAUACGGAGAACUUCCAGAGCAUGCUAAAAUCAAUGAAACAGACACAUUUGGUCCUGGAGAUGAUGAUGAAAUCCAGUUUGAUGAUAUCGGGGAUGAUGAUGAAGACAUUGAUGAUAUCUAAAUUGAACUCUACGUUUACAUUCCGAUUUUUCUGAGGAUUGUUCUACUUUGAUAUUUUCAUUUGGAUUUUUGGCCGAGUCCCAUCCUGUUAAGAAGAAUGAAACUUCACUAGUAUGAGUGCAGCUUGUUAAACCAGACAUUUAUUUUCAAUGUUUGUUUUAAAAUAUUUAUAUUUCUUUAAAAACUGAUAAUGCUGAAUUACCUUAAGCAAAAUGUUAAGCCCAUUUUUGGUGAAUUAGAUCUUCAACGUUUGGGUAAAGAACCAUAACAUCUAUUUGGUUGGUGUUUUUUUUUUUUAAAUGCAUUACUGCCUUUCCUAUUUUGACCACCUCACUUCUAGUAAAUUGAUGUUUUGAAUAAAUUGUUUGCCCUAUGAUUAUCAUGGAUUAGAAUUAAAUCCCUAGUUUGAAUUUGUGUCUUUUCACUGUACAGAGUCUUUCUGUAUGUUCCAGUUACUUAUAACUUCACUUGAGUUUUUGAUAAAAUUUAAGGGAGGCAGAAAUCUGCAUUUAAAGUCAUAAUGCAUGGGUCUGUUUUUUCAUAUUUUAAUAGCUUGUGGCUAUUUUUAUACUGAUUUUGAUAUUACACACAUUCAGUAAUCUCAUCUGUUGCCACCAUAAAGAAGUAAACUCUAAAAGAAGCAUUUCAAAAAUGCAGGUAUUUUAAAACUAUUUUUAAUUUGUAAGAUUAGUAGUUGCAGAAAUUGAACACUGGGUGGCACCCAGUUACCUUAAAACAUCAGAUAUAGUCAUACGUUAGUUGCAGAUUUUUUUUUUUGUAUCGAACAAUGCCAAGAAAGUUUCCCAAACAAAAAAAAUAAAUGGUUAAUUAUCUUUUAAAGGUAAACAUGUAGAAUAUUUUUGCAGUACAAAGGGGUUAUGUUUUAAAUGUCAUUUUAUCUUAAGCUUUAGAAGACAUGUACCUUGCUAGAUAAAAUUUUCUAUAGGUUAUGUACAUUUAAAUUACGAUGUAUAAAUGAAAAUUGAUGUCAACUUCUAAAAAUUAAGUUUUUGUCCAAAAUUAACCUAAAGGGGUGGAGAAAACAAAGAAAAGACAGACUCCAAUUUCUGAAUGGAAGAGCCACUCCUUAGAAGUCUAAUAAAGACUAAUCAUUAUGUGGAGAUGAACAUAUUUUAGCCUUUGUGUUUUAGGAUGUGUUUUGUUAUGCAUACAUAUUUUGUACCUUACUGGAAUUUAUUUUAUUUUAUUUUUGGUCUGCACCUGUGAUUCAAUUGGUGUAUGAAACUUCCUCUCCCAUUACAGAUGGGUACCUGUUACACAGUUUUACGGUUUUGGAGAGUUGUCUGGGACACUGAGAAGUUAAGUGACUUGAUCUGUGUUAGAGGCAGAAAUUUGAACCCAAGUCUUCCAAUGUCAAGACUGGCACUCUAUCCACUGUAACACUCUGCCUCUAACUCAAAAUUUAUAGAUCUUUAUUUCCCCCAGCACGCUUUUUAAAAAAUCAUUGUCAGUUAUGAUAAGUCAUAUUUCUAUAGUACUUUUAAGGUUUACAAAGUGCUUUCCUCACUUCAGUUCUGUGAGGUAGGUAGUGCAGCUAUCCCCACUUUGUAGUAAUUAAGGCUACUCAGAGUUUGUGAUUUUGCCAUGGUCAUAAAGCUAGUAAGUGUUAGAGCCAGGAUUUGAACUUAGGUCUCUUUAUUUCCAUGUCCAGUGUUCUUUCCACACCAUGCUGCCUCUCAACUAAUAGUCAUGAAGUCAUGUUAAGGGCUGGACUAUAUAAGGAUACAAUAAGCCACAUUCUUAUCCUAUGCAAUUCUAAGGAAGAAAAUCAAAUGUGUAGUUUGAGAAACUUACAUCUAUUUUGGUCCCCUGUGAUCUUAUAAAUGAGGAAAAAUACAAUGAAAUGGAGGGAAGGCUUUAUCUUUUCUUUUUAAACAAGUCAAAAUACACCACACCAACUUUAUUAUUAUUUCCUUUGCUAAACAUCAAAUAUUGGUAAUAAGAAUUCUGUGAGUCAAGGAGGUAUAAUAAUAAAACCUGGUUUUCUUUAUUCUGUAUCUAGGGAAAGGAAAAUAGAGCAUAGAGACAACUCAGUUUUUCCUUCCUUAAUUGCAUAUACCUAAGUAUCACUAGUUAAUAAGUGAGUGAACCUGAGAUAGGUAAUUACCUGUUGGGCAAAUGGGGAAGGGAUUUUUGGUUUGCUUACUAAUACAUGUAGGAAAUGGUGCUAAAGGCUCUUUUUGUGAUGAUCAUUUACUUGUGUGGUGGGAAUUCCAUGGUAAACAUACUGCCUAUGGAGAAUUUUAUCCAGAUCAUGAGAUGAAUUGCUAUCAGGUAUAAUGUUAAUGCCUUGCUGAAAAUAUAUAUCUAUAUCCAUGUGUAGAUAUAGAUAUCCUCUUCAUAGGGAUGUAUAAAUAGCAGAUUUGUUCAUUAGGGUGUAAAUUAAUCGUUGUUUACCUUAGAACUCCACAAGCACCUUUAUGUGAAUGAUAUGUCUAUGAAUUUCAUCAGGUAUUUUAAAAUUCUCUACAUUUUGCAUUUCACACAUUUAUAAAUGCAUUUUUCUGCCAAUUCCUUUAAGGAAGGCAUAAAUUCUACAAAAGGUUUUUAAUAGACUCUGAAUGAGACUCUGACUUAGGAAUUUUCCUGUGGCUACUUAACCCAUGCAUGCAUAACAAAUAUCUAAAGUUAUUUGCUAUGCCCAGACUAAUGUCCAUAACUUACAGACCCUUGGUUUUAGUGCUUUCAGUCAAUGCACAGUAAGAUAUCCUGGUUCUAAGUUUGAAUCUGUUUGAUCUAGGAUUGAAGUCAUUGGGUUUAAAGUUUGGUUGAUAAGCAACUCAUUUUAGAAAACUGUUUAGAUUGGUUAUGGGAUUUUCAUAAGGGUAUUUUUGCUGAUUAACUUUUUUUUUCCUGAUUAACUUUUUUAUAUGAAAUGGGAGUAUUCGGUAGAACUCACUAUUACAUUCUUUGAUUUCUGCAACACUAUAUACAUGCAUAUUAUGGUAUACACAGAGAAAAUUUUUAAAUGUGAGAACAUUUUGGGCAGUAUAUAUGGUGCUGAUGAAUUUGAGAAAUGGUCAAAUUGUCUUUGUUAUUGAUAAUGCAUUUGGUUAGAUGAGUGCAUCUUUAAGUGCACUUUUUUUGCACUAUUGAUCUUUCUUCCUCACCUCAUUAAGAGUGUAGAUAUACUAUAUCACUAAAGUGACUGGAUGGCCAAAUUAGAAAGAUUAAUAUGUCAAGACUGUGCCAACAUUUAAUUCUUUGACUGUUAAAUGCUAUGAAAUCUUACUCUUUCUGAAGAGAUCAACUCAUUUACGGAACCUGUAAACACUGCAUGUUUAGAAAUAUUUGUACUUUAGUAAUGAAUUGCCUUUGGUUCACUACAACCAUAUUUCUGGCAUUGUGGCUAUAAAUAUACUUGCUUUUAAAAUAAUUAUUUGUGAUUGGUAGUUUAAAUAUCACUGUAUUGCACAAAAAUAUUACAUUAUAUGAUGUUGAACAGCAUCAGUAAGUAUAAGCUGGAGGUGCUGGCUUAUAGCAACCCUAUUAGAGUAGUAAUUCCACAUUUUGAAUAUAAUACCUAGGUUUAUUUUUUUAAGUAGAUUUGCACUUCUUUUUUUCAUGUAGGAGAGAAGUUUUAAAUAGUAUCUAAUUUUGAAAAUGAAAUGCUUAUUUUAUAGGGUUUUCUUUUGUGUGAAAUGAACUAAUAAGGGUUGUUUUUAUCAUGUAGGCUUUAGAGAGAGCCAUCCUGAUUAGUAUUAUGAUGGUACUACAAGGGAGGCCAUCAAAUUCAUAUAGUAGUUUAUAGUCUUCAGUAUUGAUUAUUGAACAAAAUGUAUUGAAGAUUAAAGUUUUAUAUUUCUUACAUUAUAUAUGAUUACCAUAGAGAUUGAGAGAAAUUUCAGUUAUUCUAGAAAUUUUUUUUGUCUUUAACCUGUUUAGUAAAGGUAAGUUAAUGUUUAAUUUGGAGUCCUUUAAAAUUUGAAUUGAUAGAUUACCUUAAACUACUCAACCCAAUUUUAUCUUGCUCAAUUUAAUUACUUGAAGAAAUAUGUUGAGUAUCAAGAUCAUUUGUAUGCCAGAAAUUAACAUAUGAGAUUAUUUAGUUCAGCUCCUAGUCUAUAAUUGAAAAAAUCAAAGUUAUACAAGUUAGAGGCUGAGUUUGCUGAUUCCUCAUCAGUCCAAAGCACUUUACACUGAGCUGCCCUUAUUUCAUCAAAUUUGUUCAUUUUAAACAUGCUGUUUUAAUUAUUACUUUUUUAGAAAAAUUUAAAUGGCAUUUAAGUCAACCAAGACCCAAUUCCUGUGCUACCUCGUGCAAUUUUAGAGUUGAAAGGAACUUUUAGAGACCAUUUAGACCCCCUCACCUUUCAUUUUACAGUUGAGGAACUCAGGCUUAGAGAGUUUGUGAUUUGCCCACGGUACUAUGGGUCCAUUAAGUCUUCCCUCAACUCUCCUUUACUCCCACAGUGUAAAAGGUCUUGCUUCAGAGCUUUCCUCUGUAUUUCUCUUCAUUAUGUUUAGUUGAUCCUUCACCAUCUCAUAGAGAUCUUUUCUUUUAUUCUAUGAUGAUGUUGAAUUGCUUUACUGUGAAGACUGAGGGUUUUUUAAUGGUUCUUUAUUCUGAACUUCACAAACACAUUUGCUUAUACCAAGUAGGACUUUAAAAAGAUUAUAAGUAAAGCGGUAGCUAUUAAAUAUUUUUAAAGUACAUAUUAAUUCAGUAUGUUAACUUCAAGCCUGUUCUGCUUUUCUUCAUAUUUCCUUGAAAAUUUUCUGUUCUGUGCAUUUUUUUAAAUGCUUCACUGACUGAGACUUUUAGGCUUGAGCUCCCCCAUCUCUCCCGUUAACUUAAAAACUCAUCACAUCCUUCUCUGUAUUCUCAAAAAAUGUAACUUUAUUUAUCAAGGCUAACCACUAUACUUAUCCCAUUCCCUCCUGGCUUUUCCAGGAAGUUGAUUCAGUUGUACCUGGCUCACCUUUAAACACCUUUGUCACAUGUCUUCAACCUCUCCCUCUUUACUAAUGCCUUCCUCUAUGCCUACACACAGUGCCAAGUCUCCUCUAAAAAAAAAAAAAAGAGCCUUCCCUUGACCUUGCCAUUCCUUCAAGCUAUCCUAUAUCUGAAACUAAAAGUUUGUGCUCCAUAUAUUUAUAUUCACAUACCAUUCAUCUUUAAUCCUGUACAGCCUAGUUUUCACUUAACUGCAUUGUUAAAUCUGACAGCCUCUCAGGCCUUGACCUAUUUUUACAGUGUUCAACAUUUUAAACUACCUCUUCCAUAACCUCAUCUGUUGGCUUCUACUGACACCAGGAGGUUUUUUGUUGUUGUUGUUUUGAUUCAGUUUUCAACUCCAGAUUCCUUCCCUCCCAACCACCCACUCCUCUUAUUGAAAAAGGAAAACAAAAUCCAUUACAUACAUGUAUGGUCAAGCAAAACACUCUCCAUGUAAAAAUACAUUUAUAUUCAUAUACACACAUUUCAAUCUGCACUCUUGAGUCCAUUGCCUCUAUCUGAAGGUGGGUAACGUGUUUCAUCAUGAGUCCUCUGAUAUUAUGGUUGGUCAUUAUAUUGUUCAGAGUUCCUCAAUCUUUCAAAGUUAGUUGUCUUUAUAAUGCUGUUAUUGUUUAUGUUCUGGUUCUGUUUACUUCAUUUUGCUUCAGUCCAUAUGAGUUUUCCCAGGUUUCUUUGAAACCAUCCCCUUUAUCAUUUCUUAGAAUAGAAUAGUAUUCUGUCACAGGCAGCUGGUGACUCAGUAGAUCGAGUGCUGGGCUUGGAGUCAAGAAGACAUGAGUUUGGAUUUUAUUAGCUGUGUGACCCUGACCAAGUCACUUGACCUGUACAUUAGUUUUCUCAACUGUAAAAUGGGGAUAAAUAAUAACUUCCCAGGGUUCUUAUAAGAAUCAAUAAGAUAAUAUUUGCAAAAAUCAUUUAGCAUGGUCCUAGUACAUAGUAGGUACUAUAUAAAUUCUUAUUCAGUUCUCUUCCCAUCUCAUUUAUAUGUAAUAGCUUGUUCAGCCCUUCCCCAGUUGAUGGACACCCCCCUCAGUUUCAAAUUCUUUGCACCAUGAAAAGAAUUGUUAUAUUUUGUAUAUGUGGAUCUUUUUCCUUUUUUGAAAAUAAUCUCUUUGGGGUGUAGACAUAGGAGCAAUAUCAUUGAAUCAAAGGGUAUGAAGUUUAAUAAAUUUGGGCCUAUUUCCAAAAUGCUUUUCAUAAUGGCUGGACCAGUUCAUGGUUCUACCAACAGUGCAUUAAUGUAACUUUUUCCACAGCCCCUCCAACAUUUGUCUUUUUUUUUUUUUUCCCCUUAUUUUUGGUCAACUUUACCAACCUGAUAAGUAUAUGGUGAUACCUCAGUUGUUUUGAUUUUCAUUUCUCUAUUAAGGAUUUAGAACGUUUUUCAUAUGGCUAUUGAUACCUUGUGGGUUUUCUUCUGAAAACUUCUGCCUAUUCAUAUCUUUUUGACCAUUUUUUACUUGAGAUAAAAAUCAGGUGGAGUUAGGAAGACCUGAAUUCAAAUCUGGCCUCAGACACUAUCUCUGUUAGUUACCCUGGAAAAGUCACUAACUACUGUCUGCCACAAUGUCCUCAACGGUAAAAUGGAGACCAUAAAAUAACACCUACCCCCCAGAGUUCUUGUGAGGAUCAGUUGAGAGAACUAAAGCACUUAGCAUGGAACCUUGCACAUAGUAGGCGCUUAAUAAAUUCUUGUCCCAUCUAUUGCUAUUAUUAGUCAUACUCCCUGGACAAUAACCUGAUUCCUCUUUUGCUUCCUAUAUCUGAUCAGUUGCCAGAUUUUUAUGGAUUCCACCACUACAGAUUUCUCUAAUAUUCAUUCCCUCAAACUUGCCAGGGCCUUUUUACUUAUCAAUAAAAUUUUACAACCUACUGACCUCCAUUCUCCCUAAUGCAUUUUGUACAGCUGUGCCCCUCCUUCCUCCCCUCCCCUCCAAAAAAAUUCCUGACUAGUCCAAAAAACUCGUUGACUCCCUAUUACAUGUAAAGUACAGUAUAAAUUCCUUACCUGGGUAUUUAAGGCCUUCAGCAAUUGGAUUCUUAACUUUCUAGCCCUCAAACUACUCCUUUUCAUAGUAUGUUCUUCCCAGAUAUUUUUGUUUAUACAUUCAUACAGGUCACAUACACACACCCAAUUGCCAGGUCAUUCCUCUGUAGAAAUCUCUGUUAAAAAUUAAGUUUAGGGGGCGGCUAGGUGGCGCAGUGGAUAAAGCACCAGCCCUGGAGUCAGGAGUACCUGAGUUCAAAUCUGGUCUCAGACACUUAACACUGUGUGACUCUGGGCAAGUCACUUAACCCCAAUUGCCUCACUAAAAAAAAAAAAAAAAUUUAAGUUUAGGCUUAAUGCCCUCUCAACAACCCCUCCCCACUUACAGCUGAGAGUUGUCUUUCUCAAAUUUUCUUGGAGAAUUUUGUCUGGAACUCCUAUUUCACUUGAUUACAUUUUAUAUCAUACUAUACAUGUAUCCUGUUUAUUUUUUUAAGUUCCUUGAGGAUAGAAACAAGUUUCCUCCUACCCUCCACCCCUAUCUUUAUAUCUUCACAUUUCCCCCUUCUGGACAACAAACUUGUUUGGAUUGAUUAAAUUGUUUUGUACUAUAGUACACCUGUAUAAAGUGUUAGCACCCUGAGGACAGGAAUGCUUUCAUUUUUGUGCCCACUUCCAAGCAUAAAGUUUAAUGUUGGCUGAAACAUCAAACUAGCUUAUGCUAUGUAUAAAUUUAAUUAAUUCUGAUUUGACAAUAAACUCAAUUUUUAGAUCUUUCAAUGAAAUAAAGUGUCAUGUUUUAAGAAAAAUAUACUUUGAUCACACCUGCUAACUUGUUUCCUUGAUUUAGAUGAUUUUCUUUAUCAGCCUUUUAAAGUUUAGUAUAUGCACUGGACUAGGAUUUUCUAAUUGUUACCUCGUAUCUUUAGUUAAAGCAUUUCCCAAAGUGUCUUAAGAUCUUUUUUCUGAUGGAAUAGUCAUUUUUUAAUUCAUGCCAAGCCUGCCAAACUGCAUAGCCCGUUAUUGUUGAAUUUGUCAAAGGUCUCCUAGAGAUAAAUGAUCCAGUACUUCCUAUAAAAAUUUGCUGGUCUUUUGAAAGUGGAAGUUUAAGGUGGUAGUACUCAUGCUAAAACACCAAAAGGCCCAGAUAAUGUGGCAGUAUGACCAUAUAAGCAUUUUAAUUUGGGCCUCAAAAAACAUAAGCAAACCAUAUAUAUCUAGUUUAUACCUCUGUGACCAGCAGCAAAAUUUGACAUGAUCCAUCUAAUUUGGCCAAUAUUGUAUACUGAAAACACUUUUGAACUAAACCUCUAAUAACUCUUCAGGACAUUGGUUUUUAAAAUAAAGCACUAAGCACUGAAGGUAUUUGGGGGACUGGAAGAGGAGGAAAAUAAAUACUGAUUUUGAUAGUAUUGGAUAGGACCUUAGAAAUCAUAUAAACCUUUUUUUUUUUUUUUUUUUUUUUUUUUUUUU